AUGAUCAUGACUACACCAAUCGUUGAAACAACACCCACAUUGGGGGUUCUCGGAGCGGAACAUGCUGAAAUGAGGGAGGUUAGCUUAAACAUCAACGUGGAAAACGAGAUGGAUACCAACUCGGAUGUUGAGAUGGAAUACAACGCUGGAGUACCUGUCCAGGAUGAUCCUCGCGAGCUUGCUGCUGCUACCGGUGGGCAGAGCCUCCGUGUUGCUAUGCUUGAGAUGCCUGGAGGCGAAAGUACUGUUCUUCAAGUCAAAGCUCGCUGCACUUCACGAUCUAGGCUUGAGAUAGAAGCCUAUAUAAUAAUUGAAGGGCACAGUAAAAGAACGAUAGACCAAGCUAGUCUAUUACUAGCGAGAGAGACCGAUGCUGAAAGCUUCUUUACCGCUACCCAAGGUAACUCUCCUGAUGUAACAAUUCCGAUCCCCGGCUAUCAAGACCGUGUCCUUCGGGCUGAAGCUCGCUGGGAUUCCCGAUACGGAGUCGAGAUGAUGUGCGGAACCUCGAAUGAUGCAGCCUGUCUCAAAUUUUAA